CGACUCCAGGCCCGAUCCCUGAUGAAGCAAAGGAGCGUCCGACUCCAGCCUCGAUCCCUGAUGAAGCAAAGGAGCGUCCGACUCCAGCCCCGAUCCCUGAUGAAGCAAAGGAGCGUCCGACUCCAGGCCCGAUCCCUGAUGAAGCAAAGGAGCGUCCGACUCCAGCCCCGAUCGCUGAUGAAGCAAAGGAGCGUCCGACUCCAGCCCCGAUCCCUGAUGAAGCAAAGGAGCGUCCGACUCCAGCCCCGAUCCCUGAUGAAGCAAAGGAGCGUCCGACUCCAGCCUCGAUCCCUGAUGAAGCAAAGGAGCGUCCGACUCCAGCCCCGAUCCCUGAUGAAGCAAAGGAGCGUCCGACUCCAGCACCGAUCCCUGAUGAAGCAAAGGACGUCCGACUCCAGCCCCGAUCCCUGAUGAAGCAAAGGAGCGUCCGACUCCAGCCCCGAUCCCUGAUGAAGCAAAGGAGCGUCCGACUCCAGCCCCGAUCCCUGAUGAAGCAAAGGAGCGUCCGACUCCAGCCCCGAUCCCUGAUGAAGCAAUGGAGCGUCCGACUCCAGCCUCGAUCUCUGAUGAAGCAAAGGAGCGUCCGACUCCAGCCCCGAUCCCUGAUGAAGCAAAGGAGCGUCCGACUCCAGCACCGAUCCCUGAUGAAGCAAAGGAGCGUCCGACUCCAGCCUCGAUCCCUGAUGAAGCAAAGGAGCGUCCGACUCCAGCCCCGAUCCCUGAUGAAGCAAAGGAGCGUCCGACUCCAGCCCCGAUCCCUGAUGAAGCAAAGGAGCGUCCGACUCCAGCCCCGAUCCCUGAUGAAGCAAAGGAGCGUCCGACUCCAGCCCCGAUCCCUGAUGAAGCAAAGGAGCGUCCGACUCCAGCCCAGAUCCCUGAUGAAGCAAAGGAGCGUCCGACUCCAGCCCCGAUCCCUGAUGAAGCAAAGGAGCGUCCGACUCCAGCCUCGAUCCCUGAUGAAGCAAAGGAGCGUCCGACUCCAGCCCCGAUCCCUGAUGAAGCAAAGGAGCGUCCGACUCCAGCCCCGAUCCCUGAUGAAGCAAAGGAGCGUCCGACUCCAGCCCCGAUCCCUGAUGAAGCAAAGGAGCGUCCGACUCCAGCCCCGAUCCCUGAUGAAGCAAAGGAGCGUCCGACUCCAGCCUCGAUCCCUGAUGAAGCAAAGGAGCGUCCGACUCCAGCCCCGAUCCCUGAUGAAGCAAAGGAGCGUCCGACUCCAGCCCCGAUCCCUGAUGAAGCAAAGGAGCGUCCGACUCCAGCCCCGAUCCCUGAUGAAGCAAAGGAGCGUCCGACUCCAGCCCCGAUCCCUGAUGAAGCAAAGGAGCGUCCGACUCCAGCCCCGAUCCCUGAUGAAGCAAAGGAGCGUCCGACUCCAGCCUCGAUCCCUGAUGAAGCAAAGGAGCGUCCGACUCCAGCCUCGAUCCCUGAUGAAGCAAAGGAGCGUCCGACUCCAGCCCCGAUCCCUGAUGAAGCAAAGGAGCGUCCGACUCCAGCCUCGAUCCCUGAUGAAGCAAAGGAGCGUCCGACUCCAGCCCCGAUCCCUGAUGAAGCAAAGGAGCGUCCGACUCCAGCCCCGAUCCCUGAUGAAGCAAAGGAGCGUCCGACUCCAGCCCCGAUCCCUGAUGAAGCAAAGGAGCGUCCGACUCCAGCCUCGAUCCCUGAUGAAGCAAAGGAGCGUCCGACUCCAGCCCCGAUCCCUGAUGAAGCAAAGGAGCGUCCGACUCCAGCACCGAUCCCUGAUGAAGCAAAGGAGCGUCCGACUCCAGCCCUGA